AUGGUUAACUAUCAAAAAAUCAUUCGAUCUCCACAUUUUACUUUCCUGGUGGGACAUGAUAAGACCCCUCUGACAAUCCAUACCGCCGUCGUGGAAAAUCUGUCAGCCCCCCUGUCCUCUCUUAUGAAUAAUGGCUCUAUGUUGGAGUCUCAUACUAAAACCUGCACGCUCGAAGACGUCGAAGCGAGUACUUUCAUCGGUUUCUGCGAAUUCCUUUAUACUGGCCAAUAUGUGACUCCUACUAAAGAGGGGGAUGAAAGAGUGGAAGCGGGUUCAAAAAUGGAAGGACAGCUGGACAAGGCCGCGGUUAAUUCAGGGUUUGUUUCACCCAUUAACAAGAAAAAGCACAAAAAUAAAUUGGCCAACCGGAGCAGUUUUUACAGAAAUCUGGAUGAAUGGGGUUACACGGAAAUAGAGAAAAAUGGCAACAAUUACUUCUUCACUGAUCUCUGGGAAAAGUUCAUUUCGCUGAAGUUUGACGGUGCGCUUGCAAAAAUAUGCUCAGAGCCAGACAUUCUUUUCCAUGCCAAAUGCUACACUUUUGCGACAAAGUAUCUCAUUGAACCUUUACGUCAACAGAGCCUGGCAACGCUGCACCGUGAUUUGUGUGCAUAUCCUUUGUCAUCACCAAAGACGACAAACCCGAAGAUGAUUCUUGAACUAUUGGAUUUUGUUUACACCAACACUGGACGAGCGGAGCCAGAAGGACAGUCAGCAAUUCGGGAUCUGGUAAUUCACUAUGUGGCUUGCAAGUUGCGCAUCCUUUCUGAGAACGAGAAUUUCUUUACUAUCUUGGACUCGGAUGCUGAGAUGGGCUCGGAUCUAGUGAAGAAGUUGUUGAUAUAG